GUCCUGCCUGCCCUUCAUGACCAACUACAGCUUCCACUGCAAUGUUUGCCACCACAGUGGGAACACCUACUUCCUGAGGAAACAAGCAAACCUGAAGGAAAUGUGCCUUAGUGCUCUGGCCAACCUGACAUGGCAGUCCAGGACACAGGAUGAGCACCCCAAAACCAUGUUCUCAAAAGAUAAGGAUAUUAUACCAUUUAUUGAUAAGUACUGGGAGUGCAUGACAACAAGGCAGAGACCUGGGAAAAUGACCUGGCCUAAUAAUAUUGUCAAAACUAUGUGCAAAGAGAGAGAUGUCUUCUUGGUGAAGGAGCAUCCAGACCCAGGGAGUAAAGACCCAGAAGAAGACUACCCCAAGUUUGGACUUGUAGACCAAGAUCUUGCCAAUAUUGGCCCUGCCUAUGACAACCAGAAGCAGAACAAUGCUGUGUCCACCAGUGGCAACUUAAAUGGGGGAAUGGCUGCGGGAGGCAGCGGGAAGGGACGGGGAGCGAAGCGCAAGCAGCAGGAUGGAGGCACCACGGGGACAGCCAAGAAAACCAGGAGUGAUCCCUUGUUCUCUGCUCAGCGUUUGCCACCCCAUGGCUACCCUCUGGAGCACCCCUUCAACAAGGAUGGCUACCGCUACAUCCUGGCUGAGCCUGACCCACAUGCCCCUGACCCAGAGAAGCUGGAGCUGGACUGCUGGGCAGGGAAGCCUAUUCCUGGGGACCUCUACAGAGCCUGCCUGUAUGAAAGAGUCCUCCUGGCCCUGCAUGACCGAGCCCCCCAGCUGAAGAUCUCUGAUGACAGGCUGACUGUUGUGGGGGAGAAAGGCUACUCCAUGGUGCGAGCCUCACACGGGGUGAGGAAGGGAGCCUGGUACUUUGAAAUCUCCAUGGAUGAGAUGCCUCCAGACACAGCUGCCAGGCUGGGCUGGUCACAGCCAUUAGGGAACCUCCAGGCACCUCUGGGCUACGACAAGUUCAGCUACUCCUGGCGCAGCAAGAAGGGAACUAAGUUCCACCAGUCCAUAGGGAAGCACUACUCCUCUGGCUAUGGCCAGGGGGAUGUGCUGGGCUUCUACAUCAGCCUGCCAGAGGACACUGAGACAGCCAAGUCACUGCCUGACACCUACAAAGACAAGGCUUUGAUCAAAUUCAAAAGCUAUUUGUACUUUGAAGAGAAGGACUUUGUGGACAAAGCAGAGAAGAGCCUAAAGCAGGCACCUGGAAGCCAGAUCAUAUUCUUCAAGAACGGUGCCAGCCAAGGGGUUGCCUUUCAGGACAUCUUUGAAGGAGUUUAUUUUCCUGCCAUUUCUUUGUACAAAGGCUGCACAGUUUCUAUAAACUUUGGGCCAUAUUUCAAGUUCCCACCCAGAGACAUCACUUACCGCCCGAUGAGUGACAUGGGCUGGGGGGCAGUGGUGGAGCACACGCUGGCAGAUGUGCUGUACCACGUGGAGACCGAAGUCGACGGCCGCCGGAGCCCUCCCUGGGAGCCAUAGGGGACACGGCGCUGGGACAUGACACAGCCACAGCCAGGCCAGAGGCUUUAUUGGAGAGGAACUGGCAGCACUCUCAGCACCCAGCCAGGGCAGGCCUGGCCUUUGCAACCUGUUCCACUCCCCCCCAUGCUGGAGGCUGAGCAGGAGCAGUUGCAGUGAGUAGUGUGGUUGUGGGCAGCUCUUGGUGUCUUCAGUUGCUUCCUGCAGCUGUAGAAGCUCAGCUUGUGCUGAGCUCCUGGUGCUGUGCUGGUUACAGGUGAGAGCAGGCAGCAGCUGGAGCUGGCUGCUGUGGGACACUUGCAGAAGCAACACCACUCCCUCUGCUCAGCUCUGCCUGGGCACAGACAGCUUCCAGUCAGCUGCUGCACAGAGCACUGCCUCUGGGCUGCUGGCCAAACUCUGGGUUUUUUUAUUUCCCCACAAACUGGAAACCAGUUGAAAAAUAAAGGCUUUAAACUCUUUAACUUUGGGGGGUUGGUGGUUUUUUUGUUUGUUUGUUUGUGUGUGUGUCUUGUUACGAAUGAGCUUUAAACUCCAAGUGAGCUACACCCAAGAUCUCCUCCUGCUCGCUGCACUGGGCCUCCUUCCAGGGAUCAUCCUUGAAUUAAUAAAUAAUUAUUAUUAAUUGGACACUUUGGGCAUGUCUGUACAGGAAAAAUAAAUUAGAGCUGCUUCAAGGAGGGGAGAAGGAGGGAAAGCAUCUUCAGGUACGUGCUGCAUUUGUGUUUUAGGGGAAGAAGGGGACUGAAAGUGGAGCCUAGGUCCUGUGUUUGUCCCCUCUGAGUGGGUGCUGCCCCUCCUGCCUCUCUGCUCAGGUGUCUGGGACCUCCCUAGGAACUAAUUAGCCAAAGCCUUUAAUAGCA